AUGGCCGCUGAGCCUCCUCCGCCUCCCGGGGCCGUCCCGCGGCCGGCACCGCCCGCCCAGCACCACGCCCCGCCUGCCGCCGCCCCGUUAAGAGCCGCCCGGCCGGUGCUGCCCCGCCCCGCCAUGCCGCCUCUCGCCCCGCUCCGCCUCUGCCUGUGCGCGGCCGCCGCCGCCGCCACCCUCACCCUCCGCGGCGAUCACCGCCUGGCCGGGCUGUUCCCGCUGCACGCCGCCGAGCCCCGCGCCGCCGCCCGCCCGCUGGUGCACGGCUGCGAUGACGCUGCAGUCUUCAAAAGCCACGGCUACUGCCUGUCCCAGGCCCUGCGCUUCACCAUAGAGGAGAUCAACAACUCCAGCACGCUGCUCCCGAACAUCACUCUGGGCUAUGACAUCCUCGACACCUGCUCUGAGCCUUCCAACCUCCACGCCACCCUGCAUGCCCUCGCCCGCAAAGGCGGGCAGGAUGUCCAGCUGCUCCCUGCCUUCCAACACUAUGAGCCCCAGGCUGUUGCCGUCAUCGGCCCCGACAGCACCCAGCUGGCCCUCACCACAGCUGCCAUCCUUGGCAUCUUCCUCGUACCAGAGAUCAGCUACGAAGCCUCUGUGGAGACACUGAGCCUGAAGAGACUGUACCCGUCAUUCCUGCGCACCAUCCCCAGCGACAGGCAGCAGGUGAAGGCUAUUUUCCUGCUGCUGCAGCACUUCGGCUGGACCUGGGUGGUGCUGCUGGGCAGCGACAACACCUAUGGUAGGGCCGGCCUCGAUGCCCUGCACAAGUUGCUGACCGCAAGCAAUGUGUGCGUGGCCUACCGAGGCACCAUUCCCGCCAACUCAGACGCCAGCAACCCUGAGCUCCACAACCUGGUCCGAAUCCUCACAGACGUCAGGGUCAACGUCACCAUCGUCUUCUCCAACAGCCGAAGCGCCCGCCCAUUCUUCGAGGUGGUGGUCCAGAGGAACAUCACAGGCAUGGUGUGGGUGGGCUCUGAAGACUGGUCACUGUCUCAAACCAUCUGGCAGGUGCCUGGCAUCCAGACCAUUGGCACGGUGAUUGGGAUGACGGUUGAAAAGCCAGAGUCUGUGAUGCUGGAACGCUUUGAAAGUUGGAAGAUGGUGGAGGAAGGUGCUGCUGCCAAGUGUGCUGGCACCGCAGAGGCAGGCAGGGAGUCGGGGGGGAGCGCGUGGCUGGACUGCACCCAGCGUUACACCGGCUGCCGCUCACUGACUGCUGCCUCCAACGUGUACGAUGCUCAAGCCUCCUUCAAUGUGUACUCAGCCGUGUACGCCGUGGCCCAUGGCCUCCACAGCCUGCUGGGCUGUGCCUCAGGGGCUUGCAGCAAAGGCCCUGUCUAUCCCUGGCAGCUCCUACAAAAGAUCAAGCAGGUAAACUUCACCUUGUACAAGAGCCGAGUCUCUUUUGACGCCAACGGGGAUAUUCGUAAAGGCUACGACAUCGUCAUGUGGAACUGGAGUGGCUCAAGCUGGGCUUCUGAUGUGAUAGGAACCUUCCAUGUCAACCCUGACAGGCUGAGCGUUGACUCAGGCAAAGUCCUGUGGCACACAAAAGAUGGCCAGGCUCCCACCUCGGUGUGCUCCAAGACCUGUCAGCCGGGAGAGAGGCGGCUGCAGCAGAGCCGCCACCGGUGCUGCUUCAGCUGUGUGGCCUGUCCAUUGGGCACCUUCCUGAACAGAUCAGGGCUCCCCCCCGGGCCCGGCGGAGGGCGGCGGCGGGCGGGGGGACGGCGACGCCGAGCCCCUCUCCGAGAAAAAGGCGCUGCGGAGCAGAAAGAGCCCCCCCGCCCCGGGAAAGGCGCCGGGGAGCAGAAAAGGAAACAUACUGGAGAGAAGCCAUUUGAGUGUUCCAAGUGUGGCAAAUGUUACUUUAGAAAAGAGAAUCUCCUGGAACAUGAAGCCAGGAACUGCAUGAACCGAUCAGAACAGGUGUUCACGUGCUCAGCAUGCCCGGAGGUGUUCAAGCGGCGGAUGGAGCUGCGGCUGCACAUGGUGUCACACACCGGGGAAAUGCCAUACAAGUGCUCCUCGUGCUCGCAGCAGUUCAUGCAGAAGAAGGAUCUGCAGAGCCACAUGAUAAAGCUGCACGGCGCACCCAAGCCCCACGCGUGCUCAACCUGCUCCAAGUGCUUUCUGUCCCGGACAGAGCUGCGCCUGCAUGAGGCCUUCAAACACCGUGGAGAGAAGCUGUUUGUGUGUGAGGAGUGUGGGCACAGGGCCUCGAGCCGCAAUGGCCUGCAGAUGCACAUCAAGGCCAAGCACAGAAACGAGCGGCCCUACGUGUGCGAGUUCUGCCACCACGCCUUCACACAGAAAGCCAAUCUCAACAUGCACCUGCGCACACACACUGGUGAGAAGCCCUUCCAGUGCCACCUUUGCGGCAAGACCUUCCGGACACAAGCAAGUCUGGACAAGCACAACCGGACACACACCGGUGAGCGGCCGUUCAGCUGUGAGUUCUGCGAGCAGCGUUUCACGGAGAAGGGGCCGCUGCUGAGACACAUCGCCAGCCGGCACCAGGAGGGGCGGCCCCACUUCUGCCACAUCUGUGGGAAGACAUUCAAAGCAGUGGAACAGCUGCGCGUCCACAUCCGCCGGCACAAGGGCGUGAGGAAGUUUGAGUGCACCGAGUGUGGCUACAAGUUCACGCGGCAGGCUCACUUGAGGCGCCACAUGGAGAUCCACGACCGCGUGGAGAACUACAACCCACGGCAGCGGAAGCUGAGGAACUUGGUCAUCGAGGAUGAGAAGGAUGUGAUGGUGGUGCUGCAGCCGCCCCCAGAGCUGGAGGUGGGCUCAGCCGAGGUGAUUGUGGAGUCACUGGCCCACGGCUCGCUGCCUGAGGAGGUUCCGGCGCAGAGACUGUGCUCUAACGAGAACUUCUCCACGGCGGACGUGAUUGAGCAAUCUCUGAUUAUAACGACAACGAUUCCUGAAGACUGUGAGACAUAAUGCAGCCACCCUUCCACUGAAACACAAUAAAGUGUUGGGCUGAGCCAA